GGUGUGUUGUUUGCGUGUGUUUCUCUGUCUGCGUGAGAGCUUUAUCACAAAUCAGUGUCGGCGUCUGCAGAAGCGUACAGGGCAAGAGUUCACCGGUCUGGGAGUUUCUCAAAGUCUGGUGAUAGCUGGCGAAGUUUGGAGGCGCGCACACACACGAAAAGAAAAAAAGAAGAAGAAGAAGAAGAGGAAGACAGGGAAAGACCAGGCGCGAGGAGUCCGCAACGCAGCGUCCGCCUCACCCACGGACAGAAGUUAAGCCCCGCAAAGUUGGAGUGGAUAAGUUUAGCCGGCGUUAGAGGCGGCGUUUGACUCCGAGGACGGCGACGAUGCUCUUUUAAACGGGACGAGCUUUCUGCGGGUGAGGUCGGCGGCUUUAACGUCAGGAACUUCAGGUGGUGUCUGAGAAAGGGAGAGGGCCUGAAACAUGAUGUCCAUCGGAAGUGAUAGCUGACACCGUAGAAUGAGAGAGGAUGGAACAGACAGACAGCCCUGCCCCUGAAAGCAACAACCCUAAUGGGUUUGUCAACCGAGUGUUUAACGUUUCUCUGGAUGUGGAGAAGGAGACCAGCAGCCUUUGUAUUCAGGAGACCGAGCCAGCGCCUACAGAGGGGCAGGGAGAAACCCAGGCUGCCUCCUCUCAGGCCCCUCCUAAGGACAAACAGGAGGUCAACCGGAGACCCCGUGCCACAGGGGGUAUCUGGAAGAUCUUGAACCGAAAGAGAGCCGUGUCAGAGCUGGAGAGAAGGCCCCACUCCAUGAUUUUGCCUGGGGAGGCUUCCAUCCCUAAGCUCUCGUUCGCUGACAAGGUUCGCUCCUUCAAAAAGCUUAAAUCCCCCGCAGUGUUUAGAGGAAAAACAGGGAAAUUGUCCACCUCCAAGCUAUCUAGCUCCUUUGUGGACGAGGACUCUUUCUGCCACGAUAUUGGGACUCCCCAGCAGUCCACCAGGGGCACACUUAGAAACCGGGGCAAGAGGCAUUCGUAUGCUGGCUACACAGGAGAAUUCGAUUGCUCGUUCGAAGACAUCGACCCGCCGGCUCCCGUGGACGGCCAUCAGCCCAGUGCGCCGGGAGAGGCUGCCGUGACUCAGAAUGGUUGUAAACCAUCUGAAAGAGUUUCCUACACUAAAAGAAACCACAACAAUUCAACCAACUGCAACAAAACCGCUGCGAGUUGCGAAGAGCCCAGCAUCAAGGGGAGCCCGAAGGCCCAACACAGGGGAGGAAGGAGACACAAAGAUGUGUGGAGUUACCUGAGGAGGAUUUCCAUCUUGGGGAAGCCCAAUCCCGUCUACUCCGAGAGGAGCUUUGACUCCGAGCUUCACUCCCUGGACAAGACCAUGGACUCCGACUACGGCUCCGUAGAUUUCGGGAGCGUCCGAGAUUUUCAGCCGCCUCCCCCGAAACACUCGGACACCAAGGGACACUUCGGCGGCCUGUUCAAGUUUUUCAACAGCGUGGCAGAGACCGCCAGAAAAUGGAGGACAACAUCACGCUCCUUCUCUCCCCCAGAAGGAGAGAGGAGUCCGACGAGCUCCCCGCGGGUCCUGCAGCGCACGGUGGACAACAUUCACAGCGUGUCCCUGACGCUUCACAAUGAAGGAUUUCCAAAAUCCCAGCCUUCCCCAUCGUCGCCGCUAACCGCCAAACCCUCACACUCUGGUAGCUUUGACGGCAAGACUCAAGCGCCUGUGGCAGAUGGACGGUCCCCCCAGGUGGUGCUGAGAGCCUUCAGAUCGUCCUCGGGAUCUCGGGCUGUCAACGGCCUCCAGAGAUUUGAGAUUACAGACAAACACGUAGAUAAAGAGGCCAACCACACAGCCAUAGUGCAAAAUCAUAUCCCUCGUUCAGAUCAAAACACAGAGUCUAAAAACAAAUCAGAGGUUGAAGGGGAUACAUUGAACUCUGUCUGUCAGGAGGAAAAGGUAGAGCGACGGACGGGAAAUGAGCAGAAUUCCAGGGAUGUUCCACUCGACUCCCACCAGAUACAGGAAGUGAAUGUCCAAUCGCAACAAGGUGACAAAGACAGCACCACCAAUAGCGUCCCAGCGUCUGAUUCAACAGAGGAAAUAUUUAAGCUGUGCGAGCAGAUUGCCAGCCAGACAGGCUGCGGUGGUAGACAGCCGGGCCCCGCCGCGGCCCACUCUAGCACAGAGAAGACCGCUGUACCUCACAGGCGCUUGCGCCCUCGCCCUCGACCGGCCUCGGCCGUGCUGGACCUGCCGAGACCCCACCCGGACCGAGAGCUCUACAGCCACUACAGCGAGGUCGGCUCCCUGUGCCGGCGGAGACGCAGGCCCGCCGCCACCAUGACACACUCGCUGGCGGUGAGAGGGACGGCUGCUCGCUCCAGGCCUUGCUCUGUCAUAGAGACCAGUUUUACUAGGGAGCCACAGUCCAUGGAGCUGAACCACAGAGCCUUGUCUCGCCCCCCGGGUGUGUCACCGUUAGAGCCCCCGCACAGGGCGUCUCUGCAGCGGUGCCGAUCCCUGCCCCUGGCCCCCAGCACCCUCACUGCCUUGGCACUGCUCCUGCCUCAGUCAGUAGACAUGGCUCAGUCUUCGUCAGUGCGCCUGCGGCCUGGAGGCUCCGGGAGCUGUAGGAGGAGGAGGCUGUUAAGACCCGGGUCAGAACCGCUACAGGUCAACAUAUUGAUAAGUGGAGGUUCAAUCGUCAACGCUGAGGCGGUAUGGGACCAUGUGACGAUGGCGGACCGGGAGUUGGCGUUUAAGGCCGGGGACGUCAUCAAGGUGCUGGACGCCUCCAACAAGGACUGGUGGUGGGGCCAGAUUGACGAGGAGGAAGGAUGGUUCCCUGCCAGCUUUGUACGGGUGGAACCCCACCCUCCUCAGCCCCAAACAAAACAGGUUUUCUAUAUCAACCCCAUAGCAACUCCACGGUUCCAAAACACCACGUCAAAGCUGUGGGUGAACCAGGAGGACGGUGGAGCCGAGCCGGCCGAGGGGACCAGCGAGGUGCAGAACGGGCACCUGGAUCCGACCAAUGACUGCCUGUGCCUGGGCUCACCUCUCCAAAACCGAGACCAGAUGAGGGCCAACGUCAUCAAUGAGAUCAUGAGCACGGAGAGGCACUACAUCAAACACCUCAAGGACAUCUGCGAGGGCUACUUGCGUCAGUGCAGGAAGCGCGUGGACAUGUUUAAUGACGACCAGCUGAAGGUCAUUUUUGGGAACAUCGAGGACAUCUACCGCUUCCAGAUGGGUUUUGUCAGGGAUCUGGAGAAACAGUACAACACAGAGGAGCCGCACCUCUCUGAAAUUGGGCCGUGCUUUUUAGAACAUCAAGAUGGUUUCUGGAUCUAUUCAGAAUACUGUAACAACCAUUUGGAUGCCUGCAUGGAACUGAGCAAACUGAUGAGGGACGGCAGAUACCAGCACUUCUUCGAGGCCUGCCGCCUCCUCCAGCAAAUGAUCGACAUCGCCAUAGACGGCUUCUUGCUCACCCCCGUUCAGAAAAUCUGCAAAUAUCCGCUCCAGUUGGCCGAACUCCUCAAAUACACUGCACAGGAGCACAGCGACUAUCGAUACGUGGCGGCGGCCCUGGCAGUAAUGCGGAACGUCACUCAGCAGAUCAACGAGAGGAAGAGGAGGCUGGAGAACAUUGACAAAAUCGCCCAGUGGCAAGCGUCGGUUCUGGACUGGGAGGGGGACGAUAUCUUGGACAGGAGCUCGGAGCUCAUCUACACUGGGGAGUUGUCAUGGAUCUAUCAGCCGUAUGGACGCAGCCAGCAGCGAGUCUUCUUCCUCUUUGAUCACCAGCUGGUCCUCUGUAAGAAGGAUUUGAUACGUCGGGACAUCCUGUACUAUAAGGGCCGCAUCGACAUGGAUCGCUACGAGGUGCGGGACGCCAUUGACGGGCGCGACGAUGAUUUCAACGUCAGCGUGAAGAAUGCAUUUAAACUGUGCAACAAAGACAGUGAGGAGAUCCACAUCUUCCUGGCCAAGAAGCCGGAGGAGAAGAUCCGCUGGCUCAGGGCCUUCCAUGAGGAGAGGAAGAUGGUGCAGGAGGAUGAGAAAAUCGGUUUUGAGAUCUCUGAGUACCAGAAGCGACAGGCAGCCAUGACAGUGAGAAAGGUGACCAAACAGAAAGGUGUAAACAGGUGCACACCCCCUUCAUACCCGCCCCCCCAGGACCCACUCAGUGCGGGGCAGUAUGAGGUUACGGAGGACAUGGCACAAGGGGAGGUUUUUGAAUUCAGUCAAUCCAAAAGAGGCCAGGCUCCUUUCUGGCAGAAUUUUAGUAGAUUAGCUCCAUUUAAGAAAUAGAGAUACACAGACUCUUCCGAAGGACCAGCUAUUUUUCUUAGAAGCACUAAACACUGGAUUAUCAUGAUGAAGAAAAACACACAUACACAAGAGACAUUGAAGUUAAGGACCAAUGUUAAUAUAGAGCGCCGUUGGAAGCAGCAAGAGGACUGAAGACUUGGAUUUAAGAAAAAAAAAAAAAAAAAAAUAUUGAGAAAAAUACAACUUUACAAUUCAUAUAUGUUAGUAACGUUCUUAGUUAUCAUGCUUCUCCUGCUGAGUCAACUGUCACGAACUUUUUCCCCUCGGAUUCCGCACAUCCAUGCCAUCUGAAUGUCCUGGAGUUGCCGAGAUUGUUCAAUGAUUUCGUUUUUAAAUCCAUCAUCUGGAAGAAAGAAAACAAGACAGGUCAUUCCUAAGGUGGUGGUGUGAUUGUGUCCUAAAGCUGAGAUCUUGCUUUGCUGCUAUGUGAGAUUGUCUGUUGCAUUCUUCCGAAUGUGCGAUUGAUCACCGACGACCUCGGCCGCUUGCCCGGGGUGCGCGAAAGACCUGCCGAGCUUCGUCACGUCUGAGUUCAUCCAACCAUUGAUCACAGACCGAUCAGGCCAUCUCUGCUCCACUGACGUCUGCGUCCGGAUCUCCUCCUCUCUCUCUCUCUCUCUCUCUCUCUCUCUCUCUCUCUCUCUCUCUCUCUCUAGCUGUGUGCAUAUAAUACCCCCCCCCUCUCCUCGCUGAAUUUCCUCCUCCUUCUCUGCAUCCCUCUUGUCCUCUCUAUCUCCCUCCAUCCACCUGCCUCUGUGAGUCAGUGGCUCUCACAGGAAGCGUUUCAUUCUUUUUGGAAACUCGCCAUUGGCCAUGAUGCGACGGGUCAGGGAACAAAUCAAUAGUCGGAACAUCAAUAGAAUAUUUACAUCCUCCCACCGACCACUUCUGACAGGGUAUUCAUAUCCGAUCACGCCGCGUGUCUGUGCGCCGCACUCGACGGAGAGCUCGCCGCUCAGAUGAAACAGCUGGGAGCGGGAGAUAGGCAGGCCACGGUGCGCCUGCCUCGUUUCUCACAGCCCCCUACCCCACUCUCCCCAGAGACCACCCCUGUAGCACUGUGCUGGCAGCUCGCUGGGUGCGUUUGGAAAAGAGCACAGCCUACCUCCAGAAACGAGAGGCAAAAGUGAUGCGUAGGCCAAGGUAUAAAAACAUCUCUUUUUUUCGCGUCAGCUGUCAAAGACUUCUCCGGUGAAUUAUUUCGGUUUGCUCUCACUGUAAAAGAAAAAAAGAAAAAGAAAAAAAAAAAAGCACAGCGCACAUUCUGAAUUCUUGUUUUCUCUCUCAUUUGAAUACGAGCGAUACAAGCGUGUGAUGCUGCAGUGUGAGUGAGAACCCCAUCCAGCACGGGAGGGUGGCUCAAAAAGCGGUUAACGGCGGGUGCAGUGGACGGAAAAUCGGGAGUUCUGAGUCAGGGCUGCAAACACUGCAGCAGUGCUAGCCAGUACCGUAGGGAGGCGGAAAGGUGAAUUUAAUCCGUAGCAUGCAGGUGUCCUCUGACAGAUUCAUGCAUCUCCACAGACUGCAGCUUCAAAUCUUGGCUCUCUGCCCCCCCCGUCACGUUGUUUUUUCCAGAUCUGAUCCAUGUUCUGGCACUUAGCUCUGGCACCGUUAAGUGAUUUACAAAGGACUGUGGCCUGAUCAGAUUGAUUUGUUUAAUCAACAAAAGUCCCCUGAAGCUGCUGUGUGCGAGAGCCUGCUGUAGAGGCGUUAGGAACAGAGAAGAUCUGAGGAACGGAGGAGAAAUCCCCGCGCGUCAUGAAGGUGUAUUCUUUUUUCUACACUCGGAAUGUAAGUGAAACAUCUGUCCACGGUUCGUGCUCAUAUUUCGACCUCAGAUGCAGAAUUUGUGUUGAAUUAUAUCACCUGAUGGACAGUACAUAUACAGUAUGACAACUUGUGCAAUGUGAUAUAUCAUUAUAUAUCUUCACUAUUCACUACAACGUGAUCUGAAAGAGUUAUAUAUUGUUCUAUGUCAUUUGUUUGCCUUCUUAUAGGCCUUAUAACCUAUUGGAAAAAAAAAAAGACCUUAGAAUUGCUUUGUAUGUUGUGUAAUUUAUGUUUUGUUUCAGUAAAGAAAGUUGAGAAAUGGGUGAGUCGGCUGCUGGUGUCUGUAGAGAUGGCUCCCAGUGAGAUUGUUUUGGAAGAUAAUUCCCUCGUCUGGCACAGCAAAAAGAUAUGGUUCCCAGGCCAUGAUAACCUCAGGUCCCGUGCUACGCCCAGCCCCCUCCCCCCUCUCCCCUCCCCUCCCCCUUCCACUCCCUCCCGCCUCCCUCCUCGACACGACCACCAGUACCAACAAACAGACGCAAGCAUGCAGGCAAACAGACGAACACACGCGCGCGCACACACACACACACACACACACACACUGACACGUAAUCAUGCGCACUUGCUGGCCCGUUCUGCUGCGGAGAAGAGAGAUGCUAUCUAACAGUGCCUUCCAGCAUUCCACUAGUGAUUAUCUAUUCAGUUUCACAGGCAGAUUUGAAUUAGUCAUGUAUUUUCCCUUCAGUGCAUCUCUCACUCUCUUCCUUUCUCUCACUGGGAAUUCCUCGUUCCCUUGUGCACGAGAUCCACUCGGACAGAAACUUAGAGGUCAGGCCUUUUCCAUAUGAGUAGAUACUGUGCCGUCUGACUGAAACACUUUUAACACCUUAUUAUAUUCUAUCACAUAGCAGCAACCUUAUUGCACAAGACGAGUGUCAGACGUUUUAGGAACUACAUAGAAUUCCUUGGUUGUUAUUUAACACGCUGAGAGAUUUCAUUUGAAUAUAUCGUAGGAAAUGAUUUUAACUAGUCAAGUUAGGUUUCACACUCAAAGUAUAUUAUUAACAGUGAGUUAUGCGUCAAAAGAAGAAUCAUCUAUUUUACCUUUAUCAGCUACACACUGUAAAUACUGUAAAAAGAACAGAUCAUAUAUUUGGAUAUCGGUAUUUUGCGUUGGAGACGAAUGUUGUUCCAGUUCUAGCGUGCGGUAGACCUCAGUACCAGGUAAAUGCAUGCUUGUGGCAUCCAAUAUUUUGCAUGAGACUUAAGGCAACUCUUAACAGAUUGUUUAGUUUCAUUUAACUUCCAGCUGAAUUUACUUUUCCUCACUCAUUCGUGAAACCCACGCCAUCUCACUAAAGGGAGUUCUUUUCUCUGUCCACCUGUCUCCUGCUCACUGCACGUUACAGGUUGUAGCUUCUGUUUUUUUGUUUUUUUUAUUUAUUGUCACGUUGAGGGGGGCAUCUUUCCCUCACGCUGAACCUGUUGAUAAAGUGGAAUAAAAGGCACUGAUGUUCUCGUUGCCCAGAUAAAAUGGGUACUGUAAACUGUUAUUUUAAGCCUUUCUUUUAUUUGACUACAACCUACAUUGUCAUGCUUCUGACUGCUGGUUACUAUUAAUAUUAUUUAUAUUAUUAUUAUUAUUAUUAUUUUGGAAUGCCAAUAUCUGCGGAGCCAAAACGGGUAAAAUCAUUUUUCUAUGACAACAGUGAACCAAAUAGGAGUUAGCUCUGAUCAUGGCUGUUUGUGUAUAGAUUUGUAGUCAAGCAGAAGAGCUGAAUAAAUUCGAAACCUCUCGGGGUGAGCUAAAAAUAACCAUAAUCCUGAAGACACACACUCACACACAGUGUUUCAUUGCAAUUCAGAUCAUGCUCUUGUUUCUACUUAAGAAAUGAUUCUUUGAAGUACAAUGACUUGACGUUACAAAUUAGUUCCUCGCUUGUAUUUAUUGACAGCAGUGUUAAACAGCACCACUUUUGGCCUCACUGUUUCAAUGAUGUACAUAUUGGUUUUAUUUUAUUUUUUAUUCGUCUUAUAUAAUUAUCAACCCGACCUUGUGCUGAGAGCUGAGAGGACAGCCUUCUGUGCUUUUUUAUUUUUUUUUUUCUUUACGGUCGUAUAUCCAAGGCAGCCAAGUUAGCAGGCUGUCACCUGAAGGCAUCCGAGUUCGCUCACAUUUAUGUAAUUCCUUUUAGUCCGGGGUGUACUUGAGCCGCUCACAUUUAGUGUCGCAGCAUCUUCCGUAGGAACUCCUCACAGUUGGUUUUGCAGUCCUGUGUUGCUUCACAAUAGCCAGGGUCUUCAACGAGCCAUAUCUUGAUGUGGUGUUCAAUGACAACAAGGUUAACAGAAGACUGACAUCCCAACAUUUGGAAACUACUCAUUGUAUAUUACCAUCUAGUUUGAGGUCUAGAUUUUCUUUUUUUUUUUUCCUGUCACAGAAGAAUUUACUCACAGUAUCUGCAUCCUUUAUCAUCAUAUGCAAACUUUUGUCUUUUUCUUUCUCGCCGGCCUUUGAGUUUGAUUAUUUGUUGUAGAAAUGGAAAAAAAAUCCUUAAAAAUAAUGCCUAUUCAAUCCAGAAACUGUGAAUGGGAGAGUGGAGAUGUCAACUGUAUGUACAUUAUAUGUUUUGAUGUAAUCAGAAGCACUGGGAAUAUGUUGUACUUCGCUGUAAAAAAUAAAUCCAUAUCUGAUAUAGCUGUACUUUUGUUGAAAAUAAAACCUCUACAGAA